AUGGAGAAGAUGGACGAUGGACUGUGGAAGAGGAAGGAAAAGGAUGAAGUUCAAAGACCAAACCCCAGACAACAGCUUCCCUGCAGGGGUGUCCAAGAGGCCAAGAUGUCCUCAGUGGGGAAGGUGACCCAAAUUCCCAGCGGGAAAGUCUACCAGCAGAUCUUCGAGGCUGAGGUGCAGCUGGUCCACUCCCUGGCAUCCACCAGGCAGCGAGCUAUGGAGCAUUCCAUGGCCCCAAAGGAUGGCAGGAAGCUCUUGAUGAAGAAGAUGGAUAUUCGUGAAGGGGAGAUGAUGUCUCCUCGGCAGCGGAAGUGGGCGCACAGCCUACCCAAUGACUGGGUCACAGAAAACCCUGUUCUCUACAGGGAAAAGGAAAUAGCCAAGAAGGGAAAAGCUCAAGAGAGUGAGAACAGCAUUGCUGCCAGAGAAGUGCGGGGCCUCCCAGACGCCCCCGUUCCUGAGAGGUUCAGCACCAUCACCCUCCAAGGGCGAGGGGAUUACAAGAGAAGGGGCUAUGAGAGCGCUCUGGCGAGCUUUAAGGAGGAGAUCGAUCAGAUUGGGAUGGAAAUGGAACCUCUCAUCGUGGAGCCAGGAGCCCUUCUUUUAAAAAAGCUGGCUGAGUCUGACGAAGACAUCAACAAUCUCUUCGAAAAGGUGGAAAACGACAGCAACCUUGAAGACUACACCAUCCAAACCCUGUUGGAGCUGCGGGAUCAGGUGGCCGAGAAGUUCCUGCUCCAGAAGCAGGAGAUCAAGGAGCUGGACAAGACGCUGCACUCGCUUGAGUUCUCCCGGGCAGAUAAACUAAAAAGUGUGUUGAAGAAAUAUGUGGAAAUCAUAGAGAAAACUUCCUACCUCAUGCAGCCCGACGUGUACAGGCUGAUCAAUAAAGAAGCCAUGAUCAUAAACCUCGCACUGCUGGGCAACCGGAGGGCCCUCGCCCAGUUGUUUGUCAACCUGAUGGAGGCCACGCUGCAGCAGGAGCUCGAUGGCCACCGCCGCUGGCAGGGCCUGGUGGAUGCCUGGAAGGCUCUCAAGAAGGAGGACCUGGUGCAGGGUUUCAGUGAGUUCAUGGCCAGUGAGAGGAUCCAGACUCCUUCAGCUGUGCAGAUGGAGCUGGAGACCGUGUUUAAGAACCAGAGCGCCCUGCAGCAAAAGUGGCUGGACCAUCUCUGCACCAUCUGUGACCUCCUGCCCCCCAAUUACAGCAAAGCUCAGCUGACUGAAUGGCGUUCUACUCUCAACUCCCUGAAUAAGCACCUCG